AUGACGACCGCACCAAAGGAAGCCAAGAAGCUCUGGGGUGGCCGCUUUCGCGGUAAUGUGGACCCAGUGAUGAACAAGUUCAACGAGUCUUUGUCUGUAGACAAACGCAUGUGGCGUGUGGAUCUGGAUGGCAGCCAAGCGUAUGCACGUGCGCUGGAGAAGAGCGGUGUGCUGACGACGACCGAGGCCGACGAGAUCGUGACUGGUCUGGACAAAGUGGGUGACGAGUGGGCGGCCGGCACGUUUGAUCCCAAAGAAGGCGAUGAAGAUAUUCACACGGCCAACGAGCGUCGUCUUACGGAGCUAAUUGGCGCUGUGGGUGGCAAACUCCACACGGGUCGCAGCCGCAACGAUCAGGUGGCAACUGAUGUUCGUCUGUAUCUGAAACGCACGAUCGUCAGCAUCCAGGAAGGUCUAAAGGAGCUCAUUGGCACGGCCAGUCAGCUGGCCGAGAACAAUAUUGACCUCCUUAUGCCCGGCUUCACCCACUUGCAGCCGGCCCAACCGCUGCGCUUCUCGCACUGGGUGCUGAGCCACAGUGCGGCGCUGCUGCGUGAUGCCGAUCGACUGACCGAUCUUACUAAGCGCGUGGACUACAUGCCGCUGGGCAAUGGCGCAUUAGCUGGCAAUUCGUUUGGCUUGGACCGUGAGGCCCUGGCCAAGUCAUUGGGCUUCGCCAAUGUGACGCCCAACAGUCUGGACGGCGUGUGCGACCGCGACUUUAUCGCCGAGUUUCUCUUCUGGGCCUCCAUGCUCAUGGUGCACCUGUCACAGAUGUCCGAGGACCUCAUCAUUUACAACACGCUCAAGUUUGUGACCAUGGCCGACGCCUACAGUACAGGCAGCUCCCUCAUGCCCCAGAAGAAGAACCCCGACGCGCUGGAGCUUCUGCGUGGCAAGAGCGGUACGGUCAUCGGGCGUUUGAGUGGUUUCCUCGUGACGCUCAAGGGCUUGCCACGCUCCUACAAUAAGGACCUGCAGGAGGACAAGACAGCGCUCUUCGACGUUGUCGACACCAUUCAGGACUGCCUGCAGAUCGCUACCGGCGUUCUAGCAACCAUGACCCCGCACGGCGACAAGAUGCGCAGCUUUCUCGUAACGGAAAUGCUGGCCACUGACUUGGCCGAGUACCUAGUGCGCAAGGGCGUCCCAUUCCGUGAGACCCACCACGUUGCCGGUGCUGCAGUGCGACUUGCCGAGGACAAGAACAAGGCUCUGAGUGCCCUCACGUUCGAAGAACUAUUGCCGCUGCACUCCAAGUUCGAAAAGGACGUUCUGGACGUGUGGAACUUUGACGCCAGCGUUGAGCGCAAGAAUGUCACGGGCGGCACCAGCAAGAGCGCCGUGCAGCAGCAAAUCGACAACAUCAAGGCGUGGCUCGCGUAG